AUGUCAUCAGUGGAAUCACACCAGCAACAAUUGUCCCAGUCAGAUCCAUCCCCAUCACCAAACUCAUGUAGUUCCUUUGAACUACUAGACAUGGAUGCUGGCAGUUUGUAUGAGCCAGUUUCUCCUCAUUGGUUUUAUUGUAAAAUAAUAGAUUCUAAGGAGACAUGGAUUCCUUUCAACUCUGAGGAUUCACAGCAGCUGGAAGAGGCAUAUGGUUCUGGAAAAGAUUGUAAUGGGAGAGUUGUCCCCACUGAUGGGGGCAGAUACGAUGUGCAUUUGGGGGAGAGGAUGCGGUAUGCUGUAUACUGGGAUGAGCUGGCAUCGGAGGUGAGACGAUGUACCUGGUUUUACAAGGGAGACAAAGAUAAUAAGUAUGUUCCCUACUCAGAGAGCUUCAGCCAAGUAUUAGAGGAAACGUACAUGCUUGCUGUAACUCUGGAUGAGUGGAAAAAGAAACUGGAGUCUCCCAACAGAGAAAUUAUUAUAUUACACAAUCCAAAGCUUAUGGUGCAUUACCAGCCAGUUGCAGGGUCUGAUGAAUGGGGUUCAACACCCACUGAACAGGGUCGACCAAGAACAGUGAAGAGAGGGGUUGAGAACAUCUCUGUUGACAUUCAUUGUGGUAAUGUUGUUUAUUUUUUCUUCUGA